AUGGAUGCUGCUUCUUCUGCAACAAGUGACGGCACAUUGAAACCAUGUGAAAUUGAAAGCUGCCAACGGAUCUCGGCUACACUAUGUCGACACUGCAGAAGAAAUGUUUGCCGGCGUCACUUCGUUGAACAUGCAGAUCAACUCCUGCAGGAGUUAAAUCCGUUAGCCGAUAGUAUUAAUGGAAUGGGUGAGAAAAUUACUGCUUUCUGUACAAAAUAUUAUAGAGAAAAGCUUCUUGACAAAUUAAUACAAUGGCGUGACGAUGCUAUACAAAGUAUUAAUGACUUAUUUGAAUUAAAAAAGCAAAAACUAGAUCUUCUGUUACAAGAUAAUGAGGACAACUUCUCACAACAGAAAACUGAUCAUUCAGAAGUACUUGAUACAUUAAAGAACGAAACUGCAGCUCUUAUUAAAGAAGGUGAUGUUACAUUUGAGCAGUUGCAGAUACUAAAACGAAAAUUGCAUGUAUUAGAAGAUGAUGUUAAUAAAACACACAACAGCUUAGUCUAUUGUGACAUAAAACCGUUAUUGCUUGAUUACGCCUCGGUUCUUUUACACUCUGCAACAAGUAAAUAUAUGUGUGGAGGUACGCUUCUGUGUGCUGACUAUCAAAUGAGAUUGAAUGAUUUUUAUGGCAAUGCCAAACAAAAAUGGGACUUGAUUUACAAAGCAACAACAGAUGGUUUUCGUGCCGAAGACUUCCAUCGCUGCUCAGAUAACAAGGGGCCUACAAUGACUAUCAUACAGACUAAAAAUCAUGGAUAUCUAUUUGGAGGUUAUGCAGAAGCAUCUUGGGGUUGUGAUAAUAUGUAUAAGACGGAUCCAGCCGCAUUUCUGUUCACUCUGAAAAACCCACAUGACAUACAGCCGACUAAAUUUUUCCAAAAUCCAAAUGAAAAAAACUCUGUUGCUCAUGUAAAGAACCUUGGCCCCUAUUUUGGCGGAGUUAUAAAAGACGAAACACAUUUCAUCGAUAUUUGCAUAAGUACUAAUGCAAACAAAAAUGCAGACUCAAAGUGUUCAUUUCCCUCAACCUAUAUUGAUACUACUGGAAAGGGUGAAAUGCUUUUUACCGGAACAAAGAACUUUAUUGUUGGAGAGAUUGAAGUGUACAAGCGUUUGGAUGAGGUUGAAGUAGGCGACGGCGAAGGUGAUGAGUGA